AUGGUAGACGAAACAAGGACGAAUACUCCCAACACAUCUGAGACCUUAAACAUCGUAAACGUCGCCUUAAAUGUGCCGCUGAUGUUCAUGGCGAUUAUCGGUAAUGCACUGGUGCUGGUGGCUACGUUGAGGACUCCUUCGCUCCGUUCAGCGUCCAUAAUUCUUCUGUGCAACUUGACCCUUUCUGAUCUUCUGGUUGGUUUUUUAGCUCAACCACUUUACAUUGCCAGGGAAAUAACCAGAGAGAGAUCUCUGCGUCAGAUAAUGGAGACAGUAGCGUUUUCUGUGUGUGGUGCUUCACUUUCAUCCAUAACAGUUAUUAGCGUGGACCGACUAAUGGCUCUUCACUUUCACAUGCGUUAUUCAUAUGUUAUGACUUUAAAUCGCGCUAUUUGUACAUCUGCAGCGCUUUGGUUAAUCUGUGUGGUGUUAUCCCUUUCGACCCUCUGGCAGAUGAAUAUUUUCCAUUUUACUAUAGUUGCCUGUAUAAUUGUUUGCCUACUGAUUUGUACGAUAUGUUAUAUGAAAAUUUAUCGCAUUGUUCGCCGGCAUCAGUUACAGAUCGCGAUUCAAACUAAACAAGUGGCGAAGGAAACUUCAAAAAACGCUGAAGGACAUGAAUUGAACAUAGUGAGAUCGACUAAAAGUGCCAAAAACACUUUUAUUUAUUACAUGAUGAUGAUAUUAUGUUACACGCCACUCUUUAUUUCCAUGUUUGUCUCCGCUUUUUUCCGUCAAUACUGGAGAGACGAAUUUUCUUUAGCGGAGACCGUAGCGUUUAUGAACUCAUCCAUCAAUCCUUUCCUAUACUGCUGGCGACUUCGUGAACUUCGAAAGGCAGUUGUUAAGACAACUAAACGGAUGUUACGGCUGCAAACAGAGUAA